CUGCGCCCGGAAUCCUCCCGCUAUCAUGGGAGAGACACAGCGAUUCGCCGCGGUCCCUUCGCCGCGAAGCUACGGGGAAAUCAGUCUAUAAGCUGACUGCUUCCAAAAUAAAUCGCCAACUUUUUUCUGGUUCUUGAUACUCCCCAGACUUCACUUUGCGUAGCCUCAUCAAAUAUCUGCGCACACCCACGACAACACCUACGCCUUCGGUCACCUAGGAAGAAUCAGCCAUUCACCAAGAUAAAACCCCGAUCUCCACAAAAUGCCCGCUAUCCAGCUCUCAGAAACGGCCAACGGCGCCAUCCGCCAUCUCCUGUCAGCACGCGACUUUGACGACGACUACAACAACACCCGUAACAAGGCAAGAGCAAUCGGAGGAGGCGUCAUCGCAGCCAUUGUAGUCAUCAUUAUCCUCACCAUUGCCGCCAUUACUUUCGCCGUUUUCAAAUGUAUCCGCAGCAAGAGGAGAAGGGCGCAAAACGCGGUGGAGAUGAAGAAGUACGUGGGCGGAGUUCCGGUCACCGAUGCGACCACGGCGGGCAGCACGAACGGCCCGGCACCCGGCGGGGGAAACAUGAACGGAUACGGAUUCAGCGGAGGAUAUGUUGCAAACGACGGAACUGCGGGUACCGGCAAGGAUGCCCACAACGCGACGGAUGCGAUGCCCCCGGCGUACUCUGCAAACAACGGCCCGGUAGCGAACUAAACCAUUUAUAAAGAUGGACGAAGACAACGGAUAACAAUGGAAAUUGGGUAAGGGGAUCACGACUACCUAUAGACAUGGCGUUUCGGAAGAGAGCGAUCGAUCGUUAGAGGCAUUUCUUUUGUGAUAUGAGAGGAAAACCUAUCCCAGGUGUUCGAUGACCAUGCGUAUCGCAUUGGCAUUGGCUCUAAACGGGCUGAGAAGAAGCAGAGAAGGCAGCCUGAGGGCCGGACUUUUCAGGCUGGACCACGAGUGUUGCAGGAAUUAUCACACAUCGCAUCAAUCCUUUAUGCAAAGCGAAUGUCAAAAGAAUUGAUUUUACUCAAGAUGAAGAUACAGGUGUAAAGACAAAUUUGUUGAAUAUGUACAAAGAAAUUAACGGAC